GCUUCAGCCCAUCGUUGCCAUCGCCAUGGAGCGCUUCGGCGAUGACUUCACCGAUGCGGAGUUCUCCAAGCUGGUGGCGCAGCAGGCGACCAUUACCCAGAGCAUGCUGAAGCGUCACCAGGAUAUCGUCUCGAGUUUACGCACGGAAAUCGAAGUGCUUCGCAACGAACUCUUUGACAAGGACCAAGGAAAGUCCCCUGAGAAGAGUCCCUAUGCCGGCACCUUUGAUCAUUGUGGCUCCUUUGCUCUGAACAAUCCCUUCCAGCCAGUAAGCGCAGCCGUGAGCCCGACACCUUCCAAUCACGUGGCACAUUUUGACGAGGAGAUUCAAAACGAUACGCAGGAGCUGGCUGUGGUGCCUGUGGUGAAACGGGUCUCUUUGAAGGUGAUGCCAUUUCUAGCUGGGGACGAGGAUUCUGAAGAGGUUGCACGAGUCACCAGGCCGCGAUCUCCGAAUGAAGGCUGGAGGUCGAUGUCAAACGACACCUUCCGGGCCAGGAAGUCAGAGAUCAUUCCCAAGGGGAGGUCCUCCCUGGUCUCCGAACCCCUGCGCAGCUCACGCUCCGUGCACGCCAGUGCGGCGGCGCGGGCGAAAACGGCCGAGUCGCAACGCAACGGCGGCCGUGCCAAUACGCAGCCCAUCAGCCCUGGGCCCCGCGCUAUUUCGGCACCGGAGAAUGUGGGCGCCGUUCCGGAGAUUGGCAUCGAACCCUGGGAGUUUUGGCCAGAGCUCUUCUUUGCAGCAACUGUCGAGGAGAGGAGAGCAUCCAUGCACAGCUACUCUGCGCAGAAGAGCAGGUUGUCUUUGAAGGAUGGGAGGAACAUGUUGAAAUCCGAUGUGAAAACGGUCAAGAUCCUUCAGGCUAUGGUCUUGCCUCCAGAUGGAAAACGCAGAUUGUUCUGGUUGGUCUUCUCGUUGCUCCUUAUUGCCUAUGACAUGGUCAUGGUUCCCCUCUCAGUCUUCGAGCUGGACACUUCGAGUUUUGAGUUUCCCAUGACCGUGUUCUCGGCCACCUUUUGGACCAUUGAUUUUAUCGUGGCCUUCUUCGUGGGUUACUACGUCUCUGGAUCUUUGGAACUCCGACCACAUAAGACGGCCUUGAACUACGUGAAGACCUGGAUGAUGGCGGAUCUGAUUUUGCUCAUGUUCGAGUGGACCGAUGCCAUCAUUUCAGAGAUGCCAUCCCUGCCCUCACUGAUCCGCGCCAGCCGAUCCUUGCGCAUCCUGCGAUUCUUGAGGUCCGCGAAGCUGUUACGCGCGGCCAAGUUGCCCUCGUUUGUGAAAUCGCUUCCUUUCAUCAGCCGAUCUGAAUACAUCACGCUGAGUCUGGGGAUUUUGAGACAAUUGCUGGGCAUUCUCUUCAUAAAUCACACCAUCGCGUCAGUUUGGUAUUUGCUGGGGCAAAACAACGGCUGGCUCACGACCUACGAGAUUCCCACUAAUGACUGGUGGUAUACAUACCUCAUCACCCUGCACUGGAGCCUGACUCAGUUCACUCCCGCGAGCAUGACGGUGCAACCGACCACCCUUGAGGAACGAGCCUUUAACGUGGCGGUCGUCAUUUUCGCUCUGGUGACCUUCUCCUCUUUUGUGUCCAGCAUCACCAAUUUGAUGACGCAUCUGCGAAAUUUGGAAAGCGCCGAAGCCAUCAUGUUCUCGAAACUUGAAGAUUUCAUGCAGAGCCGGAAGUUCUCCUUCUACCUCACCGUGCGUGUACGCCGCUACUUGGAACAACGCACGCAAGAGAAGAGAUCAAGACCCGAGGAAGGGGACAUCAUCUUGUUGGAAAGAUUGUCAGAACCGCUGAAGAUGGAAGUGCACUUUGAGAUGUGGAGUCCUACCCUCACCAAGCACUCUCUCUUCUUCGCCUACAGUCGACUGAAUGAACCGGCCGUGAUGAAACUCUGUCAUACGGCUCUAAAGACCAUGUCUCUGUCUGGAGAGGACUACCUCUUUGCCAAAGGUGAGACGGCGAAGUCCAUGUUCUUUGUCCUCUCGGGUGACUUGACCUAUAGCAUGGAAAUUGGCGCCCCAACGCCGGUCUCAGCACCUGCUUUCUUCACCGAGAUGGUCUUGUGGGCUCCAUGGAGCCACAAUGGAACCAUGCGAGCGCGCACCGAUUGCAAAAUCCUCCUGAUGGAUGCAGAGAAGUUCCAUGAUGUGGUCUUUCAUGCCAAGAAUUGCCAACUGGAGGUGUGUAAAUAUGCCGAGCGAGCCAUACACAUCCUCAAUAAGUAUUUCAACAAGGAUACUCGAACAGACUUGAACUGCGGAAAGUACAAUGAACGCAGGAUGGUGAAGAAGGUCUUCCCUGAGGGUUGUCUGGACGUGCGGCCCAUGUGGUUCAUGCCUCCCAGGAGCAUCAACCGACACAACUCCACAGGUGCAGGUGGCAUGUUGGGAAACCUUCGCAGGACGCUCUCUGCACAGGUGGAGGAUCUCGAAGACAGCGAUGCUGACUCUUCAGACAGCGACAUUGAAAGGUUUGGAGUUCCCAGACGGAUUAUGGAGGACAAUGAGAAAGACGUGGAACGUUCCGAUCCUCCGCAUCCCGAUGCUUCCGAUGAAGCUGAACCGCCGAGCAAACAAGAUCCAGCUGUUUUGCGAUGAGUGUGUCCUCAUAAAGCCUUGGAAGGCUGUGUGGCUGUGGGAAACACCGAAAUGGCUGGUAAAUG